AUGUCGUAUCGUGUUGUUUUUCACGAUUGCAAUUCGCCGUUGCAAGUGGAAGAUAAGGAGUUACCGCCUAUCCACGAAGGAGAGGUGCUUGCUAAGAUUAAACUAGCUACAAUAUGUGGAUCGGAUUUACACACAAUAGCAGGAAAACGAUGGACGGCGACUCCAAGUGUGUUGGGGCAUGAAGCUGUAGUUGAAGUUGUACAUAGCAGGAGAGAUGGAUUAAAGCCAGGAGAUUGCAUCACUUUCAGUGUUAUUGAUUGUUGUAAGGAAUGUGACAGAUGUUCACGAGGCUUGGAGCAGAAAUGUAGAAAACUUUUCAAGUAUGGUCACUCUGCUAUGACCAACAUGCAAGGAUGGAGUGGAUGCUAUGCUUCUCACAUUGUGCUUCACCAAGGAACAUUCUGUGUGCAAAUUCCUGGCCACAUACCGGAUUCUAUUGCUGCUCCUAUUAAUUGUGCAGUGGCAACAGUUGUGAAUGCUGUGUCACAGUUACCUAGUUGUGCAGGAAAGAACUGCAAGGUGCCAAGGUCAGUUCUGAUCCAGGGAGCAGGUAUGCUUGGCUUAUAUUCCUGUGCUUUACUGAAAGAGAGAGGUUAUCAGAGUGUGUACUGUACUGACUUCAAUGAAGAAAGGCUAAAGCUAUCAUUGCUGUUUGGAGGGACUCCACUAACAACAGGCUCCACUGAAUUUGAACACAUUAUAGCUGGACAGUCCUUUGAUGCUGUAAUUGAGGUCUGCGGUGUAAUCAGUGCUAUUCCAGAUGGUGUAAGGGCACUUCGACCAGGAGGAACGUAUCUGCUGGUUGGUUUGGUCCAUCCUGAUUCACAACUACCAAUCACAGCGGAACAGAUCAUUAAGAAGUGCCUGACUAUCAAAGGUAUCCAUAACUACUCGGCAGAGCAUCUACACUCUGCUGUCAAGUUCAUUUCAGAAACUGUUUCCAAGUACCCAUAUGGAAUGCUGAUCAGCCCAUCUUUUUCCCUCAGAGAGUUACCAGAAGCAAUCAAGGCUGCACAAUCACAGCAAUACUUGAGAGUGCAUGGCCAGACACAGCAGAGUGGAAUAUAACGUUCGGUCAUCAGUCAUUGACCGACCAUCUGGUGUUCAUAAAGCUUAAUAGCUUUGUAUGGAUGGUAGGGUAUCAAUGAGUGACACAAAAGUCCAGACAACUGAUGGAAGCAGCAGACAAGAUCUAGAGAUGAUGAUCUCCAGAUGUGCAUUUUAUUCUGCAAGAAUCAGGAACACCUGCCGAAGUCAUUAUCACCGUUUCGUGAUCAUUUCGAGUGAUGGUGUAGAUUAAUGCAUGACCUACUUGUGAAAGAAGGACUCUCGGAUGUGUGGUAUGGUGGAAAGGUAAUCUAUGGUUCAUUGUAAUUAACUACAUCUUACAUGCACCACUACUACUCUGUUAGUUGUGUUCUCUAGAUGCUGAUGCUGAUACAGUUUGUGGCACCACAAGUUCCAUUGGCUCUUCUCGCAUCUUUUUCUUCCGAUCUACCACAGCCAAACAAAUCCAAGAAAUUUGCUCACAAAGACAGCCUUUCUUACUAGACUGACCUUUGACUGGUGGUUCCAGUAGAUGAGUACUCCUCUCGACCUCCUUGACAUCGUCUUCCUUAGACAGUCGCUUUGCUUCCUUCAAGCUAAUGCACAGCAACAGUCACUAUGAAACAGUUUCACAGUUUGUAGAUCAACUGCAUGAACCGAUUCUUUAUGAAAUGAUUCUGCCUUUUUGUCUUAAUGUCUUCAAUACGUGUCAUUGCCUUUUCUAACAAAGUCAAUUUAUUAUACUGUAUGUAUGUGACAAAUCAAAGCAUAGAAGCAGUGGA